UCGGGACUGAGAGGCUCCGCACUCCGACAUCCCCAGUCAUGGCGCUUGCCCUGGCCUCUCCAAUGGCGUCCCUCUCGCUCCACUACGGGAGGAUCUCGGCCGCGGCUAUCGGCGGCGGCCUCCGUCCUCGCAAGGAGUCCCCGGUGGGCGCUUCCUCCUCCUCGUUUCUCCGGAGCUCCUUCGUCUCCUCCUCCUCCACGUCGUCCAUUUCCACCUCCCGCACGUCGCUCUCGGCUGCGGUCUCGGCGUCGCUAGCCUUCACUUCCGUAUCCUCAUUCGCAGGUUCAUCUUUGGGAAUUGAGUUCAGCUACAACAGAUUGACAACCGGAAGAUCGCGUGGCCUGCAGAUCAGGGCUGGAAAGGCUGCCCUCUGCUUGACCAAAAGAUCAAGGUCUAGGAAGUCACUUGCCCGCGUGCAUGGUUUCCGCAGGCGGAUGCGGACUACUGCUGGAAGGAAGGUCCUCAAGCGUAGACGUGACAGAGGAAGGAAGAUUCUCUGCACAAAGACGAACUCACCCACUGGGACGAAAUUUUGAUUGCACUGCAAUUUAAGGCACCCUAUAUUCCAGUUGUAAGUUUUGCCUUUUGCAUCCCAUGUUCCGAGCCAUGCUCAGCUGUAACUAUUUCUGAACAUUCUUGUUUUCCUUUGGUUCAUAACUUAACAUCUGAAAUCACAUUCAGUUCUCAACUAUGGUGCUAUUCAACCUUUUUGUUGUGGCGGUCUUUAAUUCAUUAUCAUCUUUGCUACCA